GUACAUUCUGAAGCUUAGCUUUUGUUUCAUGGAAGCCCAUGAGUCCUUGUCAUCCAGUUUCUGCUUUUACAAUCUGUUCUCGUGCUUCGCUACGGUUUCUCGUGUUUUAUUAUUUUAUUAUUCUUUACAGCGGGAUAGCUUGGUCUUUCCCCAAGUGUUUAGGAUUUUAUCUACGGCAGCUGAAGCGGCGUCUGCUGUUUCUAGCACGAGGUGCUAAUGGGAGUUGGGUGGUGAGUUAGUAAAGCGUACUAUGUAUCAUUGACGGUAAAGAGAUUUGGCAGUUUGACCGGCCUGGGGAGAAAGAGGUUUUGCGGAUUUAACUGCCUAGAUCCCACAAUAGGACGCG